AUGUCUGCCACUGACGCCAACCAAAUCACUGAGUCCUUGGACAACUUGAAGCUCGAUGCCGGUGCUGCCGCUGCUUCUGCUAACACCGACGCUGCUGCUGGUACUCAGACUGAGCCUGGUGAUGCUGCCACCGCUGAAGGCGACGCUGUCACCGACACCUCUGCUGCUUUGUACGUUGGUGAGUUGAACCCAUCUGUUUCCGAGGCUGCUCUUUUCGAGCUCUUCUCUCCUUUGGGCCAAGUGGCCAGUAUUCGUGUUUGCCGUGAUGCCGUCACCAAGAAGUCCUUGGGUUACGCCUACGUGAAUUUCCACAAGCACGAGGAUGGUGAGCGUGCAUUGGAGCAGUUGAACUACUACCCUAUCGAGGGUAGACCUUGCCGUAUCAUGUGGUCUCAGAGAGACCCAUCCUUGAGAAGAAACGGUGACGGUAACAUCUUUAUCAAGAACUUGCACCCUGACAUCGACAACAAGGCCUUGCACGACACUUUCUCUGCUUUCGGCCGUGUGUUGUCCUGUAAGGUGGCCACCGACGAGAACGGCAACUCCAAGGGUUUCGGUUUUGUACACUACGAAACUGCCGAGGCCGCCGAGGCUGCCAUUGAGAACGUCAACGGUAUGUCCUUGAACGACCGUGAGGUGUACGUUGGUAAGCACGUGUCCAAGAAGGAUCGUGAGUCCAAGUUCGAGGAGUUGAAGGCCAAUUACACCAACGUGUUUGUCAAGAACUUUGGCGUGGACUUCUCCGAGGACCAGUUGAGAGAGAUGUUCUCUCCUUACGGUACCAUCACCUCUCUCCACUUCGAGAAGGACGCCGAGGGCAAGUCCAAGGGUUUCGGUUUCGUCAACUUCGAGUCCCACGACUCUGCUGUUAAGGCUGUGGAGGAGUUGAACGACAAGGAGGUCAAUGGUCAGAAGAUCUACGUCGGCAGAGCCCAGAAGAAGAGAGAGAGACUCGAGGAGUUGAAGAAGCAAUACGAGUCCACCAGAUUGGAGAAGUUGUCUAAGUAUCAGGGUGUCAACUUGUUCGUCAAGAACUUGGACGACUCUAUCACCUCUGAGCAAUUGGAGGAGGAGUUCAAGCCUUUCGGUACCAUCACCUCCGCCAAGGUGAUGGUGGACGACGCUGGUAAGUCCAAGGGCUUCGGUUUCGUUUGUUUCUCCACUCCUGAGGAGGCUACUAAGGCCAUCACUGAGAUGAACCAGCGUAUGGUGGCUGGCAAGCCUUUGUACGUUGCCUUGGCUCAACGUAAGGAGGUCAGACGCUCUCAGUUGGAGCAGCAGAUCCACGCCCGUAACCAGAUGAGAAUGCAGAACGCUGCUGCCGGCGGUAUGCCAGGUCAGUUCAUGCCACCUAUGUUCUACGGCCAGCAACCAGGCUUCUUCCCUGGUAACGGCAGAGGUGGCCAGGGUCCAUUCCCACCAAACCCUCAGAUGAUGAUGCCAAGAGGCCAGAUGCCUCCACCUCAGGGCCAGUGGCCAAGAGCUGGUCCAAAUGGCCAGCCCGUUCCAAUGUACGGCAUGCCACCAAUGUACGGAGGCGAGUUCCAGGGUCCAAAUGGCCGUCAGCAGAGAGGUGGCUUCCCACCACGUGGUCAAAAGGGUGGUCCAACCAAGGCCAGAGACUUGGCUGCCAUCAUUGCCAAUGCUCCACUUGAGCAGCAGAAGAGAAUCUUGGGUGAAGAGUUGUAUCCUAAGAUUGUGUCCACCGGUAAGGCCGACGAGCCUGAGGCCGCUGGUAAGAUCACCGGUAUGAUGUUGGACUUGGACAACCAGGAGAUCUUGGCCUUGUUGGAAGAUGAUGAGUUGUUCAGCACCCACUUUGAGGACGCCUUGACUGCCUACGAGGACUACAAGAAGUCCUCUGAGGAGGCUGGUGAGGCGUAA